GUUGUCUUAUCCAUUUCCCUCUUACAACCAAACAAAAAAUAAAAUAAAUAAAAUAAAAAAUAAUUGCAAGAAUCAUGUUAAUUAAAAUAACAGCAUUUGAACAUUCAUCUUUCCAACAAUGGCUGAAACUAUAACCACCUUCACACUUCUCAAGCCUUGCAGUAUCAAAUAUAAUUCUCCACGAGCAACAAAAGCCGAAUUCGGUUCUUUUUCAAGAUCACUGAGGCAAAAUUCAUGCUCAAGAUUUAACAAUGGCAGGCAUCAGAUUGAAGAUCGGAAAAAUCGAAGGGCGUCGGGAGUAAGAGUCGAGGCGCUACCGGAUUUGCAGUUGAUGGCAGUUAUGAUUGAACACUUGGAUGGACAAAGAGAUAUCAUAACCCACAAGUCAAUUUGGCACCUUAGUGAUCAAGCUAUGAAGAAUGUUUACACAUUUUACGUAAUGUUCACCUGUUGGGGAUGCUGUUUCUUUGGCUCCACAAAGGAUCCAUUCUAUGAUUCAGAAACAUACAGAAAAGAUGGAGGAGAUGGCACUGGGCAUUGGAUAUAUGAGAAGCAAGAAGACAUAGAGGAAUCAGCAAGAGCAGAGCUGUGGAGAGAGGAGCUGAUUGAAGAGAUUGAACAAAAGGUUGGGAGCCUAAGAGAGUUGGAAGAAGCUGCAGGCAAGAAGGAAGAUCAGUUUGUUAGCUGAUUUUUUAUUAUUUUCUUUUUAUUUUUAAUUUCAUCUUUUUUUACUAUAUAACUUUGUUUAUAAAAUAUAAUAUUGUUACACGUUCAAAUUUGUAAAAUCCAUCUCGAUCGAUUGGAAAUUAUUUCAAUGACAAUAACAAGCAGGGGCGGAUCCGGGAUAUUUUAAUUUGUAAGGGGGCGAUUUUUGUGA